AUGGAGGGGCCUCGCUCUGGGGGAACCGCCUUCAUGAUCACGGUAUCCCCUACGCCAGGAUGGAAUUAUCCCUUUAAAGUAUUAUUGGCCUGGUUUGCGAUUAAGAGAUGGAAAUCAAGUUUAACCUCUCUCCCUCUGAGUGAAUUACCCUAUGUGGGUCAGAAUCAUGGUUGUGACGGUAUUUCAUUAAAAGCGUCUGCUCCUGACAGUUCAACUGUAAUUGUGGGUAUCCGAAAAAUAUGUAGCAAGAAAAAUGUUGCUGAAGUUACUGUGUUUAUAAAAUUGUCUGAUGGAACGACUUUCAAAUUACCUCAACAUCCCGAAACCGCAGUCAGUGAAUGGGUGAAUACUGCCGGUUGUUGGAAUGCUGGAGGGCUGAAGAUUCAAGAAUUAGAACCCCAGAAAAGUUUAAGAAUUCUUUUUAAUGGCGUUCUUAUUCGAGCCCAAGACAAUAAAUCGUAUCAUGUUAAGAUGAAUUUGUUAUGGGCGUCCGCAACAAGUGUGCAACGUUAUCCUGAAGAUUGGAAUGAUUGUCUGGCAGCGAAGUAUUUGGCCUUGGAGCCUUGGACCAAUGAGCAAUGGCCGUUUAUGCUUAACAGAUGCGUACAAGGUUCCGGCAGCUGGCUGCAGUUUGGAGCGAUACAAGGUCGUUUCCAAUCCUUCGAUGUAAACGGUGACAUCCAUACAAAUGAGUAUCUUCGCGUUCGUGGUGCUAGAGAGCGGAUAUGGUCUUUGGGUAGCAGAGAUCGAAGGCGCAGUGUGACUAUAAAUGUAUGUACAAGGGACGGCACGGCGGUCCAAAUUCGUGGACUAUCGUAUCACAAUAAUUUUACACAGUGUUUAUACGGAAGCGUUAGAUUACCAAAUUUUCUUAUGACAAGUGUAAAAUCUUGCGAUUUAGUUUUGUCUGAAUUUUGUGAAACAGCCGAUGAAAUACCUAAGACUUUUACAAUUAACGUUACCACAUCCAAUGGAAGGACAUUAAAGUUAGUUCUGCGAAUCAAAGACGGCGGUACACUUUAUACAGGAGUGCCUCACGAACAAAGUAUCAUAUACCGUACUUUAGAAGUAGACAUCAAUGGAGAACACGGCACUGGCAUUCUUGAAUUAGGAUACGAAUGUUUGGAUGGUUCAACACCAUCCAACAUAAAGCCUUCCCCUACAUUGCGAUGGUUGAGCGAGGAUGAGGCGGGAUCGGUCGGAAACUGCGUUUCUUUGGACAGUAGUAGUGCUGCUUGUAUUCAACUCACUGGAGGAAAAGCUGCUUCACUGGCAUUAUUAAGUUCUGUACAAGAAGAACAGGGAUACAAAGUUCCUCCGGGUUUUUGUAUAACCACAAAAGCGUUAUGUAAACAUUUGGAAAUUCACACAUCUAUUAAGGACGCUAUUUCUGAAAUCGAAGCAUGUAAUAAGGAUUAUGAUGAGAACAUUUUCAAAGAAAAAUGCUCAAGAGCUGUAGAACUGUUUCUUAGGACUGAAAUAGUGGAAGAUGUAAGGAACGAUAUUUUGUCAUAUCUCCGCGAUUUAAGAAACAAAUACGAAAGUGAAGAACUUUUCACACCAUUGCGAUUUGCAGUUAGAUCGUCGGGUGUAGGUGAAGAUAGUGAAGCGUUAUCAGCUGCCGGUCAGAAUGAGACGGUCUUGGGUUGUGUCACUGAUGAUGAUGUUCUGCGAGGAGUGAAGAAAUGUUGGGCAUCAAUGUUCGCUUACACUAGCGUAUAUUAUAGAAGACAGAAUGGCCAGCUGUGUUUUUCUCUGGGUGGAGUGGUCGUUCAGGCCCUGGUGAAGUCACGUGCCGCCGGGGUUUUAUUCACGUCUCAUCCACCACAUGGUGACGUGACACGGAUAUUACUCACAGCUAAUUAUGGAUUAGGAGAGAGCGUGGUAUCCGGAUCCGUAGAACCUGACUCCAUAGUUAUAAGACGUGACCUAGAUGACACACUUUCCAUUCAAAAAAUAGAUCUCGGAUCCAAAAUACAGAGGGUUGUGACCAAUAACGAUGGAGUUUCUUUCGAAAAUGUACCUGAAUCAGAUCGAAAUAAAUCCUGUUUAUCUGAAAACGAAAUAUUUAAACUAGCAAAAAUAGCUGUGGCUCAAGAACGACUGUGGGGAGCUGGAAGAGAUAUCGAAUGGGCCAUAUUCGGGGAUGACAUAUUCCUGCUUCAAGCUAGGCCAAUAACAUCAUUAGAACGUUGGACAGAAGAAGAGCUGUUACAUGAAUUCGAUGAUCCUAUAAUGGCUGACGAUGAAUUGAUUACUUUUGCAAAUACAGGAGAGGUGUUUCCAAAACCUUUGACACCAUUAAGUUACGACCUAGUUGUUACUUCUAUAUUCGGCGCCAUUUCUAAAUUAAUGAGGACAAACGGAGACGGCUGGGAUAAAAGUGUUUUAUUAACUCACAAUAGAUGUUCCAUUUCACUUUAUAAUUCAGUAUAUCGCAGAGCACCAAAAGAAAUUAAUGUAAAUAUGCGUAUGUUGGAGAUGUCUAUACAUGGACACAAAGUAGCAGAUGAUGCUAUACACGCGACAGCAUUGCAUAGAAGAUCACCCAGUGUUUUCGAUACUAUAGUUCCUAUUUUAGACGCGUUAAAGCCGUUACUUACCUCUAAAUGGGUUAUGAAAGAGACGACACGGUUAGUCAGUUCGUUUAACCCGAACGUUGAAACGAAUGACCCUCUUAAGUUUUUAGAAGUCAUAGCUGGAACUAAGAAUGAUAUUUUGAAGUUCAAUAUCGGACACUGUACAACUACAGUCGCCUCUACUUUCAGCCAGUUUAUAGCUAUGACUGUGAUGUUGGAAGGACGAUCAGAUUUUACGAGCGAAGAAUGCAAUGAAGUUAGUACAUUAUUAAGUUCAGGCGACGCUGUGUCCGCGGAAGUACCUCAUGUGCUUGAUAGAUUAGCUUUAAGUAUUGAAGAAUCUGGAAAGAUUGAAGAAUUCCGUAAGCAGAAGCCUGAACAGUCCUUAAUAUGGUUGAAGCAAAAUCUGCCGAAAAUUUACGAUGACGUGUUAUCAUUUUUGGAUCAACACGGUCAUAGGGCUAUUAUGGAAUUUGACUUAGCAACGAAGCCAUGGUCGUUAGUGCCUGAGGAUUUGAUGAGAGUUCUAAUGAAUAUGCGUCCUACCUCAAAAACUCAGACGUCUAAAAGGAUAGAUGAAUUGAUCGCUUCUUUAAAAACUCCAAAAAAAGCUAAUACGAAGAAAAUUCUCCGAUGGUUGAUGCCGUUUUGCCGCCGCACGGUCAGUCACCGCGAGGGGACAAAGGCACAACUUAUACUCGCUGUACACAAACUGAGACUGGCUGUGAGACGGCUUGCGACCAUGAUGUACCACUCUUGGAUGAUACCCGAUGUAGAACUAGUGUUUUACUUCAGAUUACAUGAACUUAAGGAGUAUAUAAUAACACGGGAUCCUGGAUUAGCUGUUCAGCGACAACAAUAUUAUACAAAAUGGUGUCAACUAAAGUUUUCGGAAAUGAAUAAGGGAUGGCCAGAACCUCUGAAGGUAGAGGGUCCUCGUGUAACAAGUGGAGAUGUGAAAAUUUUUGCGACCUCGGUAUGUCAAGGAGAGAUUAUUGCAAGAGCGUGUGUCGUGAAAGACCUUUCAGAGAUUAAUCAACUACGACAAGGGGACGUAUUAAUAACUCAUUCUACAGAUAUAGGCUGGUCACCCUACUUCCCACUGUUGUCUGGGAUUGUGACUGAACUUGGAGGACUUAUUUCACAUGGAGCGGUGAUCGCCCGCGAAUAUGGACUACCGUGUGUCGUUGGCGCCACACAUGCAACUGACAUUUUUAAUACCGGGGAUACUGUCAGGUUGUCCGGAGAUCAAGGAUUUUUGGAAAGGGUUAAAGUUGAUGCGUCAACUUGA